GUCGAGGCGGCGAUGAGGCUCCCGCUGGCUUUGGCCGUGCUCCUCCUGGCCUCGUCGCAGGCGUUGGGCGAGGAGAUGGGAACCACCGACGACCUCAGCUACUGGUCCGACUGGUCGGACGGUGACCAGGCGAAGGAGGAGCUGCCGCUGCCCCUGGAGCACUUCCUGCAGAGGAUGGCCCGCAGACCCCGGCCCCAGCAGUUCUUCGGCCUCAUGGGCAAGCGGGAUGCCGGAUAUGGCCAGAUCUCUCAUAAAAGGCAUAAAACAGACUCCUUUGUUGGACUUAUGGGCAAAAGAUCUUUAAAUUCUGGGUCCUCUGAAGGGAGCGUAGCACAGAAUUACGAACGGAGGCGUAAAUGAGAUAUUCCCGUGCAUUAUUUAUUAAACUUCAUUUGUCCUAAUGGCCAAUGCUGUGUAAUAUAAACUAACCACUGUAUGAAAGAAUUAUUUAUUUAAUAACUGAAGAGGUUUGGGGUUUUUUUGAGUUGUACAUUCAAUAAAAUUAUUAUUUUUCAUAUUGUGGCAGUGACACAUGUUGUGUAGGUGUGUUGUGGUUCUGAAAGGACCAGCAACCCUGGUGAUGUCUCACAACAAAGCACAUUAUUUGAUAUGACCUGUAAAGUUAUGUUUACUAAACAAGCAAGUGUUCUUUUGUUCAUUGAAAGCGAGUCUAUCAGCUUCACAGCUAGUGCAGAACAGAACUGAUGUUCAGUCUAGUGCCUCAAUUUGUUUUCAUGGUUUAUAAUGUACUGUACUUUCUGUAUCGAAAAUAUAUUUGUAUCACUGCAGCAUGUUUUAUGUUCUGUGAUUAUGUAUCAAUAUAUUUUAAAAAGGGGGAUGGAUAAUGUUUGAAUGGGAAUCCAAGGUCUUCAUUUCAUAGUCUGGAAUUUUAUGAUAGUAACAUUUUAAAUAAAAACUACUCUGAGGCUUUUGCAACA